AUGCUGAAUCCUUCAUCUCCGGUCUCUCCAGUCUCCCUGGGCAAGAAAAGACCUCAUCAGUCCGAGUCGACGACGGCGGCGCAACAGAAUCAGAACCAGCAGACCCCCGCACAACGCGACGUACCCGCUGCAACCUCGACUCCGGCUUUGACGACGACGACGACUUCCUCCUCCUCUUCUUUCCGCAAUGUUUCCGCUUGUAAUCGCUGUCGGCUACGCAAGAAUCGCUGCGACCAGCGUCUGCCGCGGUGUCAGUCGUGUGAAAAGGCCGGGGUGCGGUGUGUGGGGUACGAUCCGAUUACCAAGCGGGAGAUACCGCGGAGUUAUGUGUACUUUCUCGAGGCCCGCGUGGCGUAUCUUGAGAAGUUGUUGAUGGAUAAUAAGGUUGAUUAUAAGGAGGCCGUGGCUUUCGACGAAGAAGAGGCCGUCAAGGUGGAAACGGGAUGCGAACCUGUUCAGAAGCAAAUCGACGGACUGGAGGCAGUGCCCGCCGGCGGCGAGGUUUCCACGACAUCAGAAAAGAAUAAUGAGAAAUGGGUCCGGCUGAAGAGAGAAAAAGAGGAUACAAUGGGCCAUCAACGACCCGAUCGGAAGGCCGAGGGCGCACAAGACGCGGAUGGGAACCCGGAUUACGAGAAAGAAGAUAAUUGGCGGAUACAAAACCUUGUCUCCAACAUUGGCAUGGUGUCUGUGCAGGGAACAUCCGAUCCGCGAUAUUUAGGAUCGACGUCUGGUAUUUCUUUUGCGCGGGUGGUUUUCGCCGCGGUCAAGAGUUCUGUUGCUGGGAAUGUCUCUGAGCGUCCCAGUGAGCGUCUCCCGCAUAGUGCCACGGGUACAGGCGGGAGCACAAUGCGAGAUUCUUUCUUUGGCUUACAGACGAGGCCGACGAUGAAGUGCGCGGCGUUUCCAGAUCGCGAUCUGGCCGAGAAACUGGUUAAUCUCUAUUUUGAACAUGCGAAUCCGCAGAUGCCCAUCCUUCACCGUGGGGAUUUUAUGGAGCUUCUUGAUCGGACUUACUCUGUCGAGGAGAAGAAUCGGUCUUCUCGUAGCUUGUAUACGUUGAAUAUUGUUUUUGCUAUUGGAGCAGGUAUUAUCUUUGAAGAUAAGAGCCCUUCAGGUGAAGAGGACAAAGACGGCCGUGCCCGGUCGCCAUCAUCGUCCACGUCCAAGAGACCAAAGUUGUCAGGCCACCAGUACCAACCAGAGGAAUACCAUGCAUCGGCGAUCAUUCACUUGGAAUCCUUUCUAGUCUCAUCCUCCGCUAGCGAUGGCUUUGGUGGCCUGGAGGAGCUACAGGCAGUACUUCUCCUGGCUAGUUUUGCCCUUCUGAGACCUGUCGCCCCGGGUCUGUGGUACAUCGUCGGAGUUGCAAUACGACUAGCCGUCGAUUUAGGUCUCCAUUAUGAAGACGGGACAGGCGUCGACUAUGUCGGGGAAGAGGGCGUUGACCGUCCCCCACUCCGGGGAGAUAAUAAACCCCAACCACGCAUCGAUACACGCGAGCGCGGACGUCGAGAAUGGGUUCGUGAUUUGCGUCGCCGAUUAUGGUGGUGUGUAUAUAGCUUCGACCGCCUCGUCGGAUGCUGCGUUGGCCGACCCUUCGGAAUCAGCGAUCAAGCCAUCAGUACCGAGUUCCCGUCUAUCUUCGAGGACAAAUAUAUUACCAAGUCUGGACUCGUUGUGCCCCCUGAAGGAGCGCCGAGCUAUAAACAUGCGGCGUUGCAUUAUUUCAAACUGCGCGUGCUGCAGUCUGAGAUCCAGGAUGUUCUUCAAUACCAGCAAGCGCGAUUCGCCCGGCAAAGAAUUCCGUAUACUUCAAAUGUUUUCACCCGCUCCGACCUUCCUUCUCCCUUUCUCCAAGGCUUCGAUUCUUUCCGAUCAUGGCGAAAAGACAUUCAUCGGCGGUUGACUGAAUGGCAGGAAUGUGCGCCCACGACUCAGGACACGGGCGUGAGGUUCCCCACCGAGUUUCUCGAAUUGAAUUACUGGCAGGCUAUUAUUAUGCUGUAUCAACAAAGUCUUACUGUUCCGGCAGAGUUGGCUGGAGAGCUCGAUCCAGCUGAGGAUGUAUCGAGUCCGUCGUUCUCUAACGUAGAGGAUGCUGAUGACGAGGAUGACAUCUACUUCAAGGUAGCUGAGGCGGGCCAAAAGGUGAUUCGGAUAUAUCGCCAAUUGCAUCGUGUGCGUUUGGUCAACUAUACAUACCUGGCUACGCACCAUAUUUUUAUGGCUGGAAUCUCAUUUUUGUACGCAAUAUGGCACUCACCCUGGGUGCGAAGUCGAUUGACACUUGAUGAAGUGGACUUUACCGUGCUCGCCGCCACAUCUGUACUUGGAGACCUAAUGCACAAGUGCCCACCCGCAGAGGCGUGUCGAGACGCCUUUGAACGAAUGAGCAAAGCUACCGUCCAGAUGUCAUUGUCAACCACCGGGUUUGGGUCUCAGGUUGACCUGUCGCGGUCUCAUGCUGGUGCCACAGCUUCUCAAACAGCUGGGGUGCUGUUCCCGGGCCGGGCGAGACAUUACGCCAGACAAUCCAUGGAGCAGCGUCAUCGAGCAAACCCCUACCAGUCACGGCGCCAGACUCAGACACGUCAAUCUCGGCCCUUGCCACGAUUCGACAUGAAUCUUGGGGAUCUGUUCAAUGACAACAGUGCAGCUCCUGAAAGAUCCACCAGUGGUUCCAGGAAACCGACACAGUCUUAUCCUAUCCGUGCGGAAUAUCCUGAAGCAUCAGCACAAAGUUUCGGCCCAGAUCAACCGCAGCCACAUUCGCAAUCAUAUACACAACGGACGCCGUCUAUGGAAUACUAUGGCAAUUACGAGAACCCAGUCUCCCCUUCACAGCAGCAACAACCGUCAUACUACUACGCAAACUCCCCACAACACAGUGCAUCACCCAGCAGUGUAGUCGCUGCGAACAACCCAACACAGAACCAGUUCCCCCACACAGACCACGAGGACCAGUCGGGGAUCAGCCUGGAUUUCCUAGAUUUCGACUCCACUGGGGCAGAGGGGCAUGUUCCUCUUGGGCCUGACGGGAACCCAGAUUAUAACAUGAUGGGCAUGCCCUCGAUGGGGCAUGGAGUUGGACACAGCGUAGGGAUUGACUUGGGAUUUGGAAUGACGAUGGACUUUCAACAUGAUUGGAGUGAGAAUGCCAAUUAUGACAUGCUAGAGGGGUACUUUUUUGGUGGAUCUGGAGCUGGGCCAUCUGGUGGUGGAUGA